AUGGUUUUUUGGGAAGAGGAUAACAUUUUUGAUGAUUAUGUGGUGGAAACGAGACCGCAUUGCGCCAAAAAAUCAAUUUUGAAUAAUCAUGUUAUCACAGAUCAUGGUUGGGAUGGUUCGGUGAGUUUUCCGGGUUUGCCACGUCAUUUUGGGCAAAUCUAGAGCAAUUUUGCAAAAAAAAAAAAAAAAAAUUUUUCAAAAAUUUGAUUUUGAGCGCAAAAAGAGUUUCAUUUUCCAGCUUCAUUAUGAAUUCUAUGUGUUCGUCACGCAUAAUUGCACAGAAAAUGGGAAAGAAGUGACAUAUCGACAUAAUUUUUCGGCUGUUCCCGCACUCGAAUUCGUCUAUGUCAGAUAUCAACUCAAUAUAACUGAUAAAUCUUGA